CGUUCCACGUCUCGUUCUGGAUUCUCACACCGGAAGUGCACACCUCCCGCUCUAUACACGACUACACAAUCAUCUACGUCUCUGCUUGGUAACCGGGGCCACAAGUCACGUCCUAUUGGUGAACAUACUUUUGUUUUGCCAUUGGAAGAGGCUUCCUAGUCCCUCCUGUCGUGAAGCGUGCUAUAGGCCCCUCCCCUUGUAGCUGACAGCUCUCUCCUCCAAUCCGCUGCGAGCCUCGGGCGAGCAGUGUUUGCGCACUGUGGUGAGGAGGGAGCUCGGUGAGGUUGUAUCUCUCGGGGCUCCAUGGCGGUCACCAGGCAGCUCUGGAUUCGGAUCGCUUACGCUUCGGUUGGCGCUGUGAUUGGUCUGUCGGCGUUCCUGGCGUGGAAUGUGGGAUUCGGACAGCCGUGGACUGCGGCUAUGGGAGGCCUGUCAGGUGUCUUGGCCCUGUGGGCCCUCAUCACACACAUUAUGUAUAUACAAGACUUCUGGAGGACAUGGCUGAAAGGUCUUCGCUUCUUCCUCUGUGUUGGAAUUUUCUUCUUUAUCCUGGCCUUUAUAGCAUUCAUCACGUUCCUUGCUUUAGCCAUAUCCAACCAUCAGUCAAUCAAGGAUCCAAAGAGUUUAUACUUGUCCUGCGUUUGGAGUUUCAUGUCGAUGAAGUGGGCCUUCCUGCUUGGCCUCUACUCGUUCCGAUACAGGAAAGAGUUUGCUGAUAUCAGCAUCCUCAGUGACUUCUGACCAGCAAAUUUCAGUGACUGAAAGCGCAUUUUAUCAAAUGGUCUUGGACAUAUAGCAGCUCCUUGUCUGUCACUCAGUUAUUCCACAGUGACAUCUAAAGGAAAUGAAGAUGAAAAGGGACUAAUGGAGCACCAGGGAAGAUUGGACGUUGCAUCCAUUCUCAUUUUAUUACGGCUCUAUUCAUCCUAUAUAACUAGUACUUUUAAACCUAACCUUUUCUUUCUUAACCAUUGUUACCCAUGGGAUUUACUAAACAUUUUAACAGCGGGAUAGCAUACUGCUUCUGUCAGACUUAAUCAGCACAGUCACUUUAUCUCUGCUUUACCCAAAUGGAACUAGAUUGAAAUGGUCUUGCAGUUUUAGCACACAGGGCUUUUUUUGAUACAGCAUCUCUGCUCAGUUAACCUUCUGGUAUUGAUACAGAUGUUUUAUUUCUACUUUUUGCUGGUUUAUAUGUGUUACUUUAAAUGUUUUGUACGUGUUCUAUGUACGCACAAUGAAUAUAGAUUUUUUUUUCCCCGACUAAAAAACCCUUUUUAAUUGGUUUCUAAAUAGAAGCAAAUGCAGGAAAUGAAUCCUGCAUUAUUUACAAUGAAGUGUAUAAAUUUAUGUAGCAACGAUUUAAAUUAUUGAAGAAUGUAUUUUUUUUUUUUUUUAAGAAAUGUUAAAGUGCAAUCUGAGAAACCCUUAGAAAAGGUACAGCUACCAUGUGUAUAAUUUUGCUGAAAUUGACAGUCCUAGAAAAAAAAAAAAAAAAUGAACAAAACAAAGUAUAUGAAAUGUUGUCUAAAAGUUAAAUGCUAACUUCAGGCUUCAGUACAUUGAACUACCCAGAACUAGUAAUCAGAAAAGGAAUUUUCCAGAUUGCAUAGUUGUUGUUGUUGCGUCAGUUAAUCAAAGUAAAAAAAAAAAUGAUCUUGUCAGUAAAACCAUCAUCUUGGCAUUUUUGAAGGGUGGUAAGCAGUGACUGCUCCCCAUUUCUCCCAUGACCGGUUUCAACUACAGUGUUGUCUGCAGAUGAAAUAUACAGUUUAAAGCCAGCCUGCCUGGCUAUAAUUAUGCUUUUGCCUUUUAUAUCUUUGCAUCAGGCUUAUACAUUAACAAGCAUACAGUACACAACCAAUGAGGGAGGGAUUCCUGUGUGCCACUACGAGAGGUAUGGUGACAGCAUUCAGUCUUAAAAAAAAAAUAAAAAAAUUCAAAUUA